AUGGCAAAGUCAAGAGGUGGAGCUCUGAUGGAAUACAUCAGAGCCCCAAGGGCAAAAUACACAAUAGUAGGAGAAGCUAUACGUCACGUCAUCCCUGGACAUAUGCAAUGUUCAAUCGGCUGUGGAGGUCAAACCUGCAAGUAUGACAACCCAAAUUACUGGAGUGAAGACCAACAAGCUAUACAAGGCCUCUACUCAUCCUGGGUUACUGAUCAUCUUCUCGCUAUGUCCAGACCAUCAACAGAAUUAAUUAAAAAAUAUAACAUAAUUGAUCAGUUCAAAAGGAAUGGUAUUAAAACAGUGGUCAACCUACAGAUACCUGGUGAACAUGCCAGCUGUGGAAACCCUCUGGAGCCAGGCAGUGGCUUCUCAUAUAACCCAGAGGCCUUCAUGGAGAACAACAUUUAUUUCUACAAUUUUGGCUGGAGUGACUAUGGGGUGGCAAACCUCACUGCUGUGCUGGACAUGGUGAAGGUCAUGGCCUUUGCAUUGCAGGAGGGAAAGAUUGCAGUCCACUGUCACGCUGGUCUUGGCAGAACAGGUGUACUGUUAGCAUGUUUCUUAGCCUUUACCACCAGGAUGACUGCCAACCAGGCUAUCUUAUAUGUGCGUGCUAAACGCCCUGGCUCCAUCCAGACCCGAGGUCAACUGCGUUGUGUCAGAGAGUUUGUCCAGUUCCUUUCCCCUUUGAGGAGUGUGUUUUCCUGUGCUGAACCGCGAUCCAAUCCAGUCACCCUGUCCCAGUACCUAAACCGCCAGAGACACAUACUGCACGGCUAUGAGAGGAAAGAGCUGAGGUACCUACCAAAAAUUGUCCAACUAGUGUCCAGGCUGCUAUUGGACAUUGCAGAGAAUCGACAGGUAAUUGAGGAGGACAUUUUGGAGGCACCCGAUAUUGAUGACAUUGAAAUGACCCUCAGCAUCAUUGAGAAGAUGGGCUCUGAUUUAUGUGUAAAGGAGCCCCGCUUACCAGGUUCUCCCACCUUGCCCAGACAUUUCAAUGAGCCACCCAUUUUCUACCAUCGAAAAAGUCUGAGCUACAGUGAGUCAGACUUGACGCGAUUGGGCUCGCAGCUCAACAUCCUCUCACAACCUCUCAGCUCUCUCUCGCAGACAAGCUCACUCUGGCAAGUCAAGAAUGUUGGAAGCCAAAAAGAUGUAUCCAUUCUGUUAAAGAAAGUGAAAAAGAAAACCAUCAAACGCUGUGAGUCUGUGGGAAACGAAGGACCCGUCAAAAAGGGUGGCAUACUGUCCAGGUGGAGGGCAGAACAGAGGGAGGAGUUAGCAACAAAUGGGGAGAGGUCACAUUGGAGAGAGGAAGAGCAAUCAGAGGUUCCCUUUAUCACGCUUCAGUCAGAGUUGUCCCUGGAUGCCAGGAGGUUGUUGGUGGCACAAGCCCUGGCAGUGGACCUUUUUCUUGAUGGGGAAGAAGAGCACAAGAGCAGAGUCUUAUCCUGGCAGGCAGAGAUGAACCAAGGCGGUGCGUGGGAAAGGCUGUGUAUGGAACGGGAUCCCUUCAUCCUCACUGGGCUGAUGUGGGCAUGGUUGGAGCAGCUUAAAGAGCCAGUUAUUGGCCUCCAGGAUGUCCAAGCCCUGAAACCCUAUAAUGGUGAUGCUAAAACUGUUCUCAACACACUUGACCAGGCCCCUAAAGAAACCUUAACAUGCAUACUUGAUUGCAUGGCUCAUAUGUUGAGAAUACCUGAAGAGGUUGAAAAUACAUUCCUGAAUCGUACUAUCAAGGCUUUCACCUGGAUGGAAAGUAACUCAGUGGAUGAGUACAAUGCAUACGAGUCCAUGACUUCAGUACUAAGGUGCGUCCUUGAGGACUUGAGAUUUAUAGCCAUUGAAGAAGAUGAGAAACCUCCCCUUCCCUCCGUCCAGAUCGAUGCAUGA